CAAAAAGCCCAUUGGAAAACAUCGACUCUCUCGACAACAACCGACCUAGGCGUAGACUUCAAGUGUUUGUUUUUCUUCCAAAUACAAUUUGUUUGAAACUUCCUCUUCCAAAUAUUCUUCCUUUGUUUGUCCGUUCAACUCAGCCCUCUCUUUUCACACUUGCUCUUCCUCUUCCUUUUCAUCUUCUUUCUUCCACUUUCAGAAUUUUGUGGGAAAAAAGGGCUGUUAAAUUUGAUCUACCGUUCUGCAUUCGUGGUAAAGUUUAUGAAUUUGAGAGGUUGAAGCAUUGGAUUGUGAAUUGUAGUAUCUGAGCUGGGUUGACAGGGCCGCAGUUUGUGAAAUUGGGUCGGAGUAGGUGAUUAUUGCUCAACGUAGUUGCUGUGACCGCUCCUCACGCUCUUGGUGGUUGUCUAAAUUUUCAGGGGAGUGGCAGCCUUAGAGUUUGGAACCGUUGAUGCAAAGGUUCAGUUGAGCAAAAAUGAAGAGGUGUCUCUGUGGUGUUCUCGCUGGGUCCCUCUUUAUGCUGAUAGUUCUAAGGCUGGGUGUGAUGAAAAAUCCAUUUGGGGAAGGUACAUUGACAAGUCCUAUAAGUGUAAAUAUAUCUAAUCCUCUUGAAUGGAUUAACCCCGGGGCUCCACCUGCAUUCCGUAGCCCAGAAUCUGCUAGUCAAGUGAUUUCUACAGCAACCCUGCUCUCUAGUCUCUUUAUUGACAGGAACUUUUCCCAUGAAGUUGAAAGUUCAUUAUUGACUUGGAAUCGUAUGAGACAUCUAGUCAAUUAUUCACAAGGUUUGCCUAAUGCAAUGGAGGCCAUAAGGGAAGCUCAAGUCGCAUGGGAGAGUCUUAUGGAGUCCUUUAAGAAGGGGGAACAAGGUGAUGCUAAUGGAUUGAAGGAGAAACAAUGUCCUUAUUUUCUAAACAAAAUGAAUACCACAGAAUUUGGUAAAGAUGGAUAUAAGCUACGAAUACCGUGUGGCCUUAUUCAGGGUUCUGCAAUUACUAUAAUUGGCAUUCCCAAUGGUCUUCUUGGCAGUUUCCAGGUUGAUUUAUCAGGGGAAUCACUUCCAGGAGAGCCAGAGCCUCCUAUUAUUCUGCAUUACAAUGUUCGACUUCUAGGUGACAAGAUAACUGAGGAUCCUGUGAUUGUCCAAAACACAUGGACAGCAGCUCAUGAUUGGGGUGAAGAGGAGCGGUGCCCCCCUGCUGUCCCUGGUGAUAAUAAGAAAGUUGAUGACUUAAACCAGUGCAAUGAAAUGGUGGGCAAAAAUGAUAGCCGCAAAUUUGCUGCAAGUAGGCCGUCAAUGUCCAGGAACAGAUCUAGAGCUGGACGGUAUUUUCCGUUUAAGCAAGGUUAUUUGUCUGUUAUGACACUUAGGGUGGGAGAAGAAGGAAUUCAGAUGACAGUUGAUGGAAAGCACAUAACAUCUUUUGCUUUUCGUGAAAGUUUGGAGCCAUGGCUUGUUAGUCAAGUAAGGAUAUCUGGAGACUUGAACUUAAUCUCUAUCUUGGCCAGUGGCUUACCCUCAUCUGAGGAAUCAGACCACAUUGUUGAUUUAGAGUCAUUAAAAUCAGCUCAACUACCACCAAACCAGCCACUGGAUCUCUUCAUUGGUGUCUUUUCUACAGCCAACAAUUUUGAGCGCAGGAUGGCUGUUCGUAGAACAUGGAUGCAGUACCCCGCUGUGAAGACAGGAGCAGUUGCAGUGCGCUUUUUUGUUGGUCUACAUAGAAACCAGAUGGUGAAUGAGCAGCUCUGGAAUGAAUUACAGACGUAUGGAGACAUUCAGCUAGUGCCUUUUGUUGACUAUUACAAUCUUAUAACCUGGAAGACUGUAGCAAUCUGUACUUUUGGGGCAGAAGUCAUUUCAGCCAACUAUGUCAUGAAAACAGAUGAUGAUGCAUUUGUUCGAGUGGAUGAAGUGCUAGCUUCUUUGCGCAGAACAAAUAUCAGGCAUGGGCUUCUAUAUGGUCUGAUCAACUACAAUGCUCAGCCUCAUCGGAAUCCUAACAGUAAAUGGUAUAUCAGCGUUGAGGAAUGGCCUGAGAGUUUUUAUCCACCUUGGGCACAUGGCCCUGGCUAUGUGGUAUCACAAGACAUAGCAAAAGCUGUUUAUAAAAGGCACAAAAAGGGUCAGCUAAAGAUGUUCAAACUGGAGGAUGUUGCAAUGGGAAUUUGGAUAGCAGAAAUGAAGAAAGGAAGUUUGCAUGUUACUUACGUAAAUGAAGAGCGGGUGUACAAUGAGGGAUGCAAGGAUGGUUAUGUCGUCGCUCACUACCAAAGCCCUAGAGAGAUGCUUUGCCUGUGGCAGAAGUUGCAACAAGGGAAUGAGCCUGGUUGCUGUUCAGGUCGAUGAGCAAAAUCUCUAUAGGGUUUAACUCUUUUGCAAGUAGAUAGAUGAAAUGCACCACAUAUCUGUUACCUAGUUGAAUAGAUUAGUACUCAGGUUAUGCAUAUUGAGUAAUGUGUGCUAGAUGUAGUUCACAGAGAUGCACACAAAAUUUGGUUAUACAUAAAAAUGUAGUUGAUAGAGUAAUUCAUGGGAAUCAAUUGUUCUAACCUAUAUAUUUUAUAUUCAUUUCAUUCUUUAUACAA